UGGAAAUAGUGUGCCAUGUUUGUUGUUGUUUGCCUGGACUGCACAUGGAUAUUACAAGAAUGCGUAAGCGACGAGAGCCAGCGUGAGCUGAUCAGAGCACACAUAAAGAAAAAAGACCCUGGUUUUAUUGACCUCAUUACUGGAUGGUUUCAACUAAUUUUCACAAGUUUGAUCCACCAGCUGAGAUUUAUUUACCAGCAGCUGUCUGCUGUGAACUCGUUAAGCUCUGAUUGGUCAGUGCUGAUCUCUGGCAACACUUAUAACUCUCCUCAUUUGACAGAGUCUCCAACAGCAGCCUUCAACAUGAUGACUGUACAGUUCCUCUCAGGGGCUUCCCUCUUUGCUCUGCUUGUUGUGGACAUAUGCUGCCUUCCUGUUCAGAAAGGCUCUGGUCCUGGUGCUUCCUAUGACAGCAGUUACACAAAUGCUGGUCCUAGUUUUGUCUCGUACCAGGGAGCACCUUCUGACUACUCUUCUUCUGGAUCUGGUAUGCCAAACUAUGGUCCCUCUCAAGGCAGCUCCACACAAUAUUAUCAGGCUGCGCCACAGCCGAUGCCCAGUGUCCCUCAGUCUGCCAGCCCUGCACAAUCAGGAGCUGCUUUUCAAUCCUCUCCACGAGAGAUCAGCUGGGCUGUUGCACCGCUCAGUCUCUCUGGCGAUGCUGAAAUGUCGGCUGGUGCACGUGCUGCAGCCUCCGGUCCAGGUGCCCUACCACCUGGACCAGUGUACCAAGCAGGAGACUUGUCCCAUUUUGAAGCGAGCAUUGAGCAUGGGAACUCCGAGAGGGAGACCGAGGAACAAGGCUGGCUGCCUCCUCCUGCUCCUUAUAUGCCCGAGUCUGAAGAAUCCGCUGGGGAAGGCUUCAUCGGCCAGCCUGAGACAGACUCCAACAUGGGUGGAAGCUGGGGUCCUUAUCCUUCCUACAACUACAUGUUCCUGACUGGCCAGUAUCCUGCAGGCACAUACACUCACGGCAGCAGCAGCUUCGAGCACGGCAGUGACAGCUCGCAGGAGGAUCACUAUGAGAGAUACCACUUUACCUAUAUGCCUGUUGUUGAACAGCAGAUGGCUCCAGCCAAGACACCAGUGAAGGGUCCAGCCAAGGUCCCCAUGCAGGCCCCGGUACAGCAGACUGGUUCACGUGCUUCUUCACAUGGAGGCUUCAGGAGGCAAGGGUAGUGACCUGUAAAAGGCUGUGUACCAAGUGGUGGAUCCCCUACAGUGUGAACAAAGAUUCUGAUUUCAAUAAAAGUAAAUCAAAUGCUCUA